UAGUUAUUUUCACAAUAUAGGUCUCGUGAUGUCGAACAAAAUAGAUCACACUAUAGUGGUCAGUUACAUACGAUAUAAUGUGUACAGUGCAAUUUGUCGACAUUCGAGAUCAGACAUCGCUGAGGAAUAUAAGUAAUCAUGAUAUAUCAACUGGUACUCCUCGCUUCGGCAGCUAUUUUCGUGGGAGCUCACACUCACACACAUGACCAUACCCACAAACACGAUGAACCCACCGCACCUCAUGAAGCAGGUCCUCUCCGUGCUGUAGUUCGCUUGGCCAGUCCUGAUGGCCGUGAUGUUCACGGUAACGUGACUUUCACACAGCUGGAUGGCAAGGUUGAAAUAAAGGGUAGGAUUUAUGGUAUGCCACCUGGAGAAUACGGAUUCCAUAUCCACCAGACUGGAGAUAUUACCAACGGCUGCCUCUCAGCUGGAGCGCAUUUCAACCCGGAUAUGAAGGACCAUGGUCAUCCUGAUGAUGAGAACCGUCACGUCGGUGACCUCGGCAACGUGCAGUUCGACAAUGAGCAGCUCAGUAACAUUGAUUUCACUGACAGCGUGAUAGCUCUCUACGGAUCCCACAACAUCAUUGGCAGGGCUCUCGUUCUUCAUGAGAUGGCAGACGACUUUGGCAGGACAGACCAUCCUGACUCGAAGAAAACUGGCAACGCUGGCGGUCGUGUCGCUUGCGGCGUUGUUGGAAUUUUGUAAUUGUUUCAUAUAGACUAAACUAAUCUCUCUUUAUUUUAUAAGAUGGUCAGCUCAAUUUUGUUAAUAAAGAUUUAUAUGAUUGAUAAAGUAA